AGUCCGUGUAAAGUGCAUUAGAAAACCCCGCGUGAGGAGCUGCAGGACCUCUUUUCUGCUGCUCCGCCAUUUGAGGUGGAUUGAGCGCCAGGAUGCAGAUUUUUGUCAAAACCCUCACGGGGAAGACAAUAACGCUCGAGGUUGAGCCGUCAGACACAAUCGAAAAUGUCAAGGCCAAAAUCCAAGACAAGGAGGGAAUUCCUCCUGACCAACAGAGGCUGAUCUUCGCCGGCAAGCAGCUGGAGGACGGACGCACUCUGUCGGACUACAACAUCCAGAAGGAGUCGACUCUCCACUUGGUGCUGAGGCUGCGAGGCGGUGCCAAGAAGAGGAAGAAGAAGUCAUACACCACCCCCAAGAAGAACAAACACAAGAGGAAGAAGGUCAAACUGGCAGUGCUCAAGUACUACAAGGUGGACGAAAACGGCAAAAUACACCGUCUUCGGCGUGAGUGCCCUGCGGACGAGUGUGGCGCCGGCGUGUUCAUGGCCAGCCACUUCGAUCGCCAUUACUGCGGAAAGUGUUGCCUCACUUACUGCUUCAAUAAGCCUGAGGACAAGUAGGCACAUGGACGUUCAAUAAAAACUCAACCUCAA